UGAACGUCCAGUCGUUGGGGGGUGAGUUCCCCGAUUGACUUUGAUCGAAAACAGUUGGCAACAAGUGGUGACGGGGCGAUCACCACCGUCGAGUUAAAUCUUCCAUUUUGCCUGCUCCUGAUCCGAGUUGCUCUACAAAUUCGUUCCGCGGUGAAACAGACUCUUCUACGGCAGAACUUUGUAUUUUAGCUUCCCAGAGUCUAUGUGCUUCCUAGAUGCACCUAAAAAUCCCAACGUAAGCGAUGAAAUUGGCGCAGUGCAUGUCGAUACGGUCCAGCAUAUACCAGGGUCAAUAAUAUGUCAACUAGCGGCAGCGCCAGUCCGGAAAAACGGUUGCACUACAAUUUCAACUCCGCUAUUACCGCUACUGGUGGAGUUUAUAGCAUCGGCUGCAGCGUCUGUAGCCUCUGGCAAAACAGCGAAUACCAAUUGCCCAAAAGUUUUUUACGCGAAUCAUACGUGGAGACGCAGUGAAACAUCCUCGUUCGCAAACAACUGCACGGCGUACCCCCUUAUUUGAUCGAUAGGUCUAAUAUGCGCGUUUCCAUGUGCUUGUUUUCUUCACCCUAACACGUUCUAUGCUGUUGUAUCUGUAUUAUCACUUGCUGACGUAGCGUUAUCUUGAAUACACCAGACUGCCACACUGGCCUUGUUGACAGCAAGCUUCGGGCGGCGACACUCAUCGGUAAAUGCUGCGCCAAAAUGCAUCAUGCUGGCAUCGCCGAGCCGAAUGCGAACUAGCUUAUUUCGUUAUGAUCGCGCCUGCACCAGUCGUCGAUUGUGCUCGUAUGAAACCGCCAGCAUAGGCGGCCCUGCAGUAGCCAUGGCUACCAGCGAAUGGUUGGUAAACCUAAGGCAAACAGCCUUCACACUUCUGCUUAGCUGUGCGUUGUCGAUAUUCUCUGCAGAUUGUUUUGUCACCUCUUGCACAGUCCUCUAUAACGACGUCUGCUGACGUAUUCUAGUAAUAGUAUCAUGGCGGACCAAGCGAGAACUGCGAAAGAACAAGCCAUGUCCACAGCGUCUUCCGCGAAAGAAGGAGUGUAUGACGCCGGACUUGCGGCCAAGGAAAAAACCUCUUCCGCAGUAGAAGAGGCUGGGGACUAUUGCUCCAGUGCGGGAAUGAAAGUCGGUGAUACGGCGAGCAACGCAAUGGAAAAUGUCAAGGAUUAUGCCCACAGCGCCGGAGAGAAGAUCGGCGACACUGCUGCCAACAUCACAGAGGGCUCUUCAAACACCGGCAAGUCUGCGAUGGAAAUGGCAAAAGAUGCUGCCAGCGCUACCGGCCAGAAAAUUAGCGAUGCGACGAAGGCUGCCAGAGACGCGGCUGCCAAUGCAGGACAGAAGAUCAAAGAUACGGUUUCUUGAUGAACUUUUGCUCCAUGUUUUCCCUCCUCCAUAUGCUGUGUAAAAUGCAGAAACAUGAAGAGAUGCAUGCUUUGAAAACAGGGGUGAAGGGGUGCACUACGGUACGAAGCUCUGGUGUGAAUGCAGGUGAAUUUCUUCUUCGCUGCGUGUGUAACCUGUGGAAACCUGCGCCGGCCGCAUUCCUCCAAAGACUUUUCACAAAAGUCAGUCUCACAUGACUGUUCUAUCACCCUCCAAAGUCACAACUGUUUUCACGGUCUACAUGAGAUGCAGGGAUUUCUUGAUACACUGCUCCGUACGAUAAUCUGUAAAGCCAAUCCAUUUGUACGACUUCGUUCAGGCGGGCUCGUCUGUUCAAGUGCACGAGUAAACUUCUUCCAACACGAUCACGCGUAGGUACAGCCAUGCCGCACCAGUCGUGUCGUCAGGGACGUACUCACAAUUUGACACCACGACCAUCUUUCAAGUUGACGUCCAAUGUUUUUCGCUUCGGUGUCUGUUUCCUCUAUUCAUUGAAUCCAGUAGCAUUAACCGGCUGACAGGAUACUAGCGUCCAGUCUAUAUCCCAGAUAUCAACAUGUUUAAAAAAACACUUGUGCAGGCAGCUAUGAUGAAAAGCAAGCUCUCUGUGGGGGCUACGUGGCUUCGUCAAUCAGUGCUCUCUGAGUGGAAGACCGUCGGCUGAAGUUGCACAGAUUUUCUACAGAGGCAGCGUAGAAGUGAUGGCAGAGAGGUUGGAUGAUCGAGAGUAACUGUUCGUCCGUCGGCACGCCUAUUUGCCAUGCAAUGGCCUUACAACGACUUUCUUGGAUCUCACGAGAAAACGCUGUAGGUGGAACAUAAUUUGCUAUAAUCCUUUCCCUUUAUGGCAGCCCAGC